AGAACCAAAAUGGCUUCGUGCAGUAUUGAAGACGUGCUCGCUAAAGCUGAAAGAGACGAGGCUGAGAAGCUCAAAAGUAUUACGGUGCUCAAAGAGUUGGAUCUUGAAUUCGACCCGGGACUUUUGCUGGCGUUUGACAAGAACCGACUUGACACACGGGACUUUAAAGGCAACAAACGGGAGGACUGUCUUCGCUCUUUAGCGCGAGACAACACACAACUUCUCAUCAACGAGAUAUGGAAACUACCCACAGAGAGAGUCGACGAAGUGAUCGUCGCCAAGCUGCCAGAACCGACCACUAAACUACCCAGAGAAAAACCAGCACCGAAACCUAAGCCUCCUACUAAAUGGGAACAGUUUGCCAAGCUGAAAGGCAUUCAGAAGAAAAAGAAGACCAACUUGGUCUGGGAUGAAGUUCACAAGGAGUGGAAGAGGAGAUGGGGGUAUAAACGUGCCAAAGAUGACACCAAAGAGUGGUUGAUUGAGGUCCCGGCGACUGCAGAUCCAAACGAAGACCAGUUCGCCAAAAGGAAUAAAGCCAAAAAGGAAAGAGUGGCCAGAAACGAGUACAACAGACUCAAAAACAUCGCCAGAGCUCAGAAGGUCAAGGUUCCUGGAACAGGACUCCUGCCUACAUCCCAGCAGACCAAAGCGGAGCUGGCACAAGCGGUCAGUCUGGCCAAAAUAUCCACCGCAUCGGUUGGCAAAUUCCAGGAGAAGCUGCCCAAGGAAAAACCAGCCAGAAACACUGGGAAGAAGAGGAAAUUCCAGCCUCUUAUUGGGGACUUCAGUAGCGAGAAGCAAAAACAGCUGGAUUUAUUGAAGGUGAUGGACAGUAAGAAGCCCCGUCUCGAUAUCACUAAAGCUGUGAAUAAGCAGAUGAGGGAAGAGGACUCGGAGUCUGCUCGGAAUAAUAAGAAAGGGUUUGGAAAGAAGGGACGCAAGGGAGGCAUGCCUGGUAAAGGAAAAGGCAAAGGAAAACCUGGAGGAAAGGGAAAAGCUCCUAAAGGCAAAGGGCGCAAACCUCAGAUGAAGCAAGGAAAGCGCUAACAUUUAAAGCAGUGUGGUGGACUUAUGAUGUUUAUUGUAGAAUAUAAUAAAUAUUGCACACGACUCAACUUCUCUUAAGUCAUGACUUUGAGUGCCUUGCGGCUGGAGUUUGAUUCAGUACAGGAAUCGGGUUUGUUUAUGUGUUUAGGCUUUAUCUACAUAUGUCAUGGAUUAAGAUCAUUGAACCGUUUUCAUAAAUGUCAUCUAAUAUUGACUCCUGUUAUUCAUUCGUAAUUGUGUUUUCACAUUAAAUUAAAAUUCUUUCUGAUUUGCCAUCA